AGUGGCACUGUUCAUCAAUCCCCGAUACCCUCCAAAAAAAAUACCCCACAAAUUCCUCUCUCUCUCUCUCUCUCUCUCUCUUUCUCUCUGUGUUCCUCUGCAACAAAUACAGAGGAGGUUGGAAGGAUAGACAGACAAAGUGAAUAAGGGAACCGAGAUUUCAAAAUCAAGAAUCCCCCCUUCUUCUCCAUGUAAUUUUGGCAUUCCAUCCUGGCCAGGAGAGCGAGAGUCCCUAUCAUUUGCCAUUUGCCAAUUUGCCCCCUCUCGUUUGUCUCUGUUUCCUCUUUUGUAUCUUCCCUCAGCCGCUUGCUGUACUGUGAUCCCUCCCUUUCAGGGUACAAGUUUUUCUGUUCUCUUCCUUCCUCCUCAUCCGGGCUUAUCAAACGAGGGAGAGAUGAAGAUGAAGAUGGAGAUGAAGGUCAUUCCCUUUUCGGCUCCUGUCCUUUGCUCUGUUCACCCUUUGCAUUAUGGGAGCUGCAGGUGGCCGCAGGCCAGCACCAGUCCUCCUUCCCCCUUUUAAUCUCUCUUCCCCAUUCCCUCUGGCUCUGCUCUGUUUGAACCGUUCCCAUUUCCCAUUCCUCCCCCAUCAAUCAUUCUUCCCCCAUUCAUUACCUUUUCAUCCCUCUCUCUCUUUCUCUCUGUCUGAGGAAAUGGGCAAGACUCAAACUUGCAGUAAUCAACGUAGAUACAGACACCUGAUCAUCUCCAUGUUUCUGCUCUUGGGACCAAUGUUAUUGUUUCACGCUGAAGGGAGGGCCAUGUUGGGGGCGAAGAUCGAACCCGAGGGCGGUGUUGAGUUGCGGGGUGGAGGAGGAGUGGUGGAAGAAGAGAGGAUUGAGACAGAGAGAGCGAGGAGGUGGCUGAUCGGGUCGAGCCCGCCUAGGUGCGAGAGGCGGUGCAGCUCGUGCAGGCGGUGCGAGGCCGUGCAGGUGCCCAUCGUGCCCCAGCAGCAGCGGGCACGCGGGAUCAGCCGACUCUUUGCCAACGUCGCUUCCGCCAGAAUUCCAAACUCCAGAGGCGGCGACGACAUCUCCAACUACAAGCCCAUGGCUUGGAAGUGCAAGUGCGGGGAUUUGCUCUUCAACCCCUGACCCUGAGGCUGAACUGAAGCAUGCGUGAACUCUCCAACGUGCCAAAUUCUACGCUACAUCGGGUCUCCACUACGGGCUCGAUACAUCUUCAUAUAUUGAACUUAACGAGCCUCGAUCGGGAUUCAGCACAUGCUUCUUUUCUUUUGUCGAAAUUCACUUGCAUGUCUUGUUCUUCUUUUUUUUUUUUUCGAUGGUAAAUGUCUUGUUCUUUGUAGCGCAUUGUUCUGAUUGGUCCCGUGUAAACUUUGUGAACGUAAAAUUGUUCAUAUCCUGUCUGUAUCUAAAUUCGGUAGUUUAUUCCCUAAGAAAUUUUAGGGCGUGUUUUGACA